AUGGGUGAGACUUGGCAGGAUGCGCUUUAUCGGAGGUAUGGGUACAAAUCGCAGGGCAUCGUAAUCCCAAAACCGCCAGAGAGGGACAAGGAGCACGAAUGCGACGACGAAAGGCUGAGGAAGCUACUCCCUGAACGUUACUUUGGCAAAAGUGCCUUUGGAUGGUCAGACAGUGCCUCUGACGCUUCCCAGAGGAAAAGGGCUGGUCUAGUGCUAGUCGCAAUCUCGCUGGCCGUCAUGGGCUUUGUGGGUUACAUGAGCUUCCACUGCUACAAGGCGUCCUGCAACGACUGUCUGGAGCACCUGGAAAAGUACAGCAACAAGUCUGGAGCUGGGCAUGUCACGAAAAUCGUCGGGGAGCACCUGCCCAGGAAGCUCGUGCUUUAUCUGGAGAACAUGAACCGCGUGGAGUGCCACUGCUCAGUUUGCAUUUACAACUUUUUCUGGAACGCAGAGACGCAUUUUGAAAAGUGCUACUACUCGCUACUGGUCUUCAAUACGUUUCUAGCGUUCCUAAUGGCCAGAGUUGUCUGGUGGUUGGCAUUUAUACGUUUCAAGCAUUUGUGA